AUGAUUGUUCUUUACAGCAACAGAGCACAAUGUCAUCUGCUACUGAAAACCCCAGCAGCUGCCAUUAGUGACACGACUAGAGCUCUAUGCUUAUCAGGUACUGUGAGUCCUCACAGAAAAAGUUUAUGGAGAAGGUCACAAGCAUAUGACAUGAAAGGAUUGGGCAAAGAGAGCUUGAUGGACUGCUUAAUGUUCAUCAACACUCGAAUGAAAUCUGAGCAUACGAAACGUGUCAGGAUCCCUUACUACGCAGCACGGAUGAUCAACAAGCAGAUGAAUGCCGCGUUGAUAUUUGCUAAUGCAAAGUCAAAACUUUUCAUAAAAAAGGAGAGAACGGUACUUGAAUCGGAGUCCAAAGGAAAAUACCAGCUGCAGGAAAUGAUGAUGAUGAGAUUGACGGAUGCUAAGGACAAGGGUUACCUGAUAUGCCAACCAUUGCAGAAGACCCUAAAGCUGAAAAGAGAAGGAAGAAGAAGAUGGAAAAAGCAGGCAGAAGGAGAAAAGACAUCAUCCGGAUUGAGAGAGAAUCAAGUGGUGUCGAUCACAGAGUAACAGA